UAAGCAAAUAACUUUCAGAGAAAAGUAUGUUCUUGAUGAAUUAAUCAUCUGUCAAUGGAAAUGGAAAAAUCGCAGUAGAAGUCUCCACUGAGUUACAAGAGUGUACAGACCAGUUUGCGUUGGAAACUAAGAAAAGUGAAAACUACGUGAACUUCAUCACCCGCCGCCAGGCUAGUGUUAAACACCCCAGACUGCAAGAUGAUGCCUUGGGAAGAAACUAAAAUCGUAAAAUGUUUAUCCAAAUAUAAAAACGUACAAGAAACAAAGAAAGAUGUUAUCGACGCACUCACAAACUACAAAAGCCUCGUUUAUCAGCUGGAGAAGUUUGUUUUCAACGACGGAGUCGUGCGAGAUCUUUUCAAUCUGCAGGGGACCAUACCGGUGAUUUAUAAGAAUAACACGUAUCACAUUCCGAUUUGCAUUUGGCUGAUGGACACUCACCCCCUGAACGCGCCAAUGUGCUACGUGAAGCCGACCCCCACGAUGGAGAUCAAGGUCUCCAUGUAUGUUGACCAUACGGGGAAAAUCUACUUACCAUACCUGCACGACUGGAAGCCGUCGAAUUCGGACUUACUCGGGCUGAUACAAGUGAUGAUAGUGACGUUUGGCGAAUAUCCUCCCGUUUAUUCCAAACCUAAGGACCACACGACUCCGUAUCCUCCACAACCGGUAGCUGAUAGCCAUGGUGGCGUACCAUACCCCAAUCAAUCUUUUAUGCCCAUGCCGAAUAAUUCGUAUCUGCCAUACCCGACGACAGGAUCAGGUUUCCCGCCGUAUCCUACCUCGAACUCAAUGUUGCCGUCGCUGCCCGGCUAUUCAAACCAGACUUUCGGUAGCAGUGGCGGCAGUACGGGCGGUUAUCCUCCCUACAUGCAUAACUUCCCACAACCGCCUCAUUCCAAUUUUGACCAAGGAUCGAAUACGAAUCAAGGAACGAUAACGGAAGAACACAUAAAAGCUUCAUUAAUUAGUGCCGUCGAGGAUAAAUUGCGACGUCGAAUUCAGGAGCAUGUGAAUCAAUGCCAAGCGGAAAUCGACACACUCAAUAGAACCAAGCAGGAAUUGACGGAGGGGCGAUCGAAAAUUGACUCCAUUAUAUCGCGUUUGGAGAGGGAAGAGGUGGAAUUGAAGAAGAAUAUCGCUGUCUUGAAAGAUAAAGAGCAGGAGCUAGAGAAGAGUUUAGAAUCUUUGGAGAAAACAGAUGGAAUCGACGUAGAUGAAGCUGUUGUGACGACAGCGCCCUUAUAUAGACAAUUACUCAACGCUUAUGCCGAAGAAGCAGCUACUGAGGACGCAAUCUACUAUUUAGGUGAAGCUUUACGGAGUGGUGUUAUCGAUCUAGAAGUGUUCCUAAAACAUGUUCGACAAUUAUCCCGUAAACAAUUCAUGUUGCGUGCGAUUAUGCAAAAAUGUCGACAAAAAGCUGGUCUUGCCGGCUGAUAAGGAAGGAACAAAUCAAAUACAACGAACAAUUCGUGUGUGUGUAUGUGCAGGAAACCGGAACAAAUUAGAAAGCACCUUGAGGAAGAGACGAUGUGAACUUACCGCGGAAAUCUAUUAUUAAUCGCAAGACUUUGUUAUUAGUGAUUGUUGAGAUUAGUGGAGGAAGAAGGCGAAAGGGCUGAAAGAGUGUAUUAAUAUAGAGAAAUUAUUAAAAAGAGCACGUUGCCAUCCCAAUUAUUAUAUAGAAAUUUUACUCUAUCUUUUCCUGCGAUUUUACCAUGAUUAUUUCCACAAAGAACUUUUGUUGUCAACGUAUUUCGGUUUCAUCUUAUAAAUAUGGGAAAGUGUCAUGUUUACUCUCAAUUUAACUGCUAUUUUUAUAUUAUAUAUUAAAAUAUUGAACACAG